AUGUAUGAUCACACAAACUACGUAUUUGUUCAUCUAACUCCCAUCCACCCAACCCCCAUCGACCCAACUCACAUCCACCCAACCCCCAUCGACCCAACUCACAUCCACCCAACCCCCAUCGACCCAACUCACAUCCACCCAACCCCCAUCGACCCAACUCACAUCCACCCAACCCCCAUCGACCCAACUCACAUCCACCCAACCCCCAUCGACCCAACUCACAUCCACCCAACCCCCAUCGACCCAACUCACAUCCACCCAACCCCCAUCGACCCAACUCACAUCCACCCAACCCCCAUCGACCCAACUCACAUCCACCCAACCCCCAUCGACCCAACUCACAUCCACCCAACCCCCAUCGACCCAACUCACAUCCACCCAACCCCCAUCGACCCAACUCACAUCCACCCAACCCCCAUCGACCCAACUCACAUCCACCCAACCCCCAUCGACCCAACUCACAUCCACCCAACCCCCAUCGACCCAACUCACAUCCACCCAACCCCCAUCGACCCAACUCACAUCCACCCAACCCCCAUCGACCCAACUCACAUCCACCCAACCCCCAUCGACCCAACUCACAUCCACCCAACCCCCAUCGACCCAACUCACAUCCACCCAACCCCCAUCGACCCAACUCACAUCCACCCAACCCCCAUCGACCCAACUCACAUCCACCCAACCCCCAUCGACCCAACUCACAUCCACCCAACCCCCAUCGACCCAACUCACAUCCACCCAACCCCCAUCGACCCAACUCACAUCCACCCAACCCCCAUCGACCCAACUCACAUCCACCCAACCCCCAUCGACCCAACUCACAUCCACCCAACCCCCAUCGACCCAACUCACAUCCACCCAACCCCCAUCGACCCAACUCACAUCCACCCAACCCCCAUCGACCCAACUCACAUCCACCCAACCCCUUUUUAA